GCUUAAAGUUAGCGCUAAGUAGUUGUCUAAUAGUAGUGGUAAUAAUAUAGUAAAGUUGUGGUGAUAUCAGUCUGUCAUACGAGUGCCCGCAAGAGAGACAACGAGGAGAAGUGAUGGCUCACUAUAACAUGGCAUUCGCUGCCGACGAGUUCGACAGAAUGGAUACAUCACUCAAUGACUACCCGGAGCCCCAACAGGACUCCGCCCAACCCAACGAUCACAACACCGGUGGCUCACAAGACAGUCAUCCAUCAAACAAGACCACCGGCUCCUCAGCCAAACUCAACGGUUGUUUCACUUUUAUUGAUUUUUGCCCCGAGUAUCGGCGCAAACCGGACUCCUGGUUCUUCCAGGCUGAUUACGAAAGUUUCAGCGAAAUCUUUCAUAAAGUGAAUGAAUGGCUGAACGAUAAUCACAAAUGGGAAGUAAAAACAGCGGAGACAUUGAUUUACGACUCGACCACCGGUUUUGGCCAAAAGUUACCCUUUUUUGCCGGCAAACAAGUGAAGCGCAAUCUUAGAGGAGUCAGGUAUUAGACAUACACACCACUCAUAC